CUCUCGUGUAUGGAGGCGCGCUUGAUCGGCAGUGUAGCGCCAUAUUUCCUGGUGAACGCCUCGCGGCGGUGUUCUCGUGAUCGUGCGUCGAAGAAAAAACAUCAGCCACAAAGAAAUGGAUUUAUUCAUAAUGUUCAGCGUCUGCGCUCUUCUCGGUGCUAAAAUAUUACUGCUGGCUAAAAUUCUGUGGACCAAAGAUUGUACCGGUAUCAGCGGGAAAACUCAGCUUCUAUACGCGAUUAUAUUCGCUACCCGAUAUAUCGACGUGAUGCUGAUGUAUAGUCCAAUAAGCGUUUCCUUAACGAAAAUAGGCUUCAUGGCACUGACGUAUUGUACGGUCUUAUCUAUAUUUUUCUUCUACUUCCAAUCGUAUCAAAUAAAGCACGAUAGAUUCAGGAUCGAAUUGCUAACGUUACCGUGCAUAGUGCUGUCGCUUCUGGCGAACAAUGGCUUCGAAAUUGUGGAAGUGUUUUGGGCAUUCAGCAUUUACCUGGAGUCAGUAGCCAUACUUCCACAAGCUUACAUGUGCUCGAGGAUAAAGCACGUGGAAAAUAUCGUCUACUACUAUAUGUCCAUACUGUCGGUCUACAAAGUCUUCCAUUUGAUGGACGGUAUCUAUCGAUUCUACACGAAUCAACAGUACGACCGCAUUACUUUGGCUGCUGGUGUCGUUCAACUAAUGUUCUACUGUGACUUUUUCCUACGGGAUUUGCCACUCAAAAGCGAACUACGCUUACUUGAACAUGCAAAUGACGCGAGUCGGCAGGAAGUACACGUGAGUGUCGUUGACAACAAGUAUUUGAAGGAACAAGAGGCUUUGAGAAGUGCGCAGCAGGUGGCAACGAUCGCCGAUGACGAUGCCAAGUUUAACAAUCUAAAGGAAGUGGUUCUGACGCCCAACACGCUCGUCAAGGACGACAAGGUUGCAAUGUCCUUGGAGCAAAGCGGAAAAGAAACCGGUGAGUCAAUCGUACGAGUUUGAUCAUCUGCUGCGUGUGUUACUCUUCAAAAAUAUCCUAUUGUUGUACUUCAAUCUUUAUUUCCGUAAUUGUCACGAUAAAUUUUAUAGUGAAGAAUAAAUGUACUUUCAACGUAUAUUUGAUUAAACAGUUAAGAUUAUAUCUCACUGUGAUACACUUAGGUAUUCCGUUAUUAUUAUUAACAGAAAUAUCCGUGAUUCUACGUACGAUAAGAGUCUUCAGAAAAAAACAAAAUAUUAAUUCCAAUUUUAUGAUUGUAAAUAUUUUAGAAAUAACAGUGUGUGCAAACGAAUGUAUGUACAUUAAUAAAAUAACAA